GAAGAGCAGGAGUGCAGGGAAAUGCAAAGUUAAAGGAGAGGCAAAGUAAGAAAAAAAGAAAAUUCUUUAUUUACAUGGGUUUACAGAUUAUUACUACACAGUUGUUUGCUUGGUACAGCUGGAACAUAAGGGAGAGAAGAGGCAGGCCACACAGGCAUAGGAGAUGAUAACAAAGCUGAAGAGUUUGCAUUUUAUUUGGAGAACCACUGAGGACCUGAGUAUAGGAAAACCAAAUAACCUUGUUUGUGCAGUAGAAAGAUUAAUCCAUCUGCCAGUUGGAAGCAGGGAGCCAGUGGGGAAGUUGUGGUCACAGUUCAGGCCAAAAAUAAUGGCCUGACUAAAGCAUUUCCAGUAGGGAUGGAGAAGAAGAUACAGAUCUGAAAUAUAUUGGGGAAGGAGUCUGACUGAACUGGUGACUGGCUGUGAGAAAUGCAAAGAAGAGAGAAGUCAAAAAAGUUAUGUAGAUUUUUUUAAAAAUUGUGAUUCUCUUCCUCAAGAUAUUAAUUAUUGAGGAGAGGCCAAUUGGGCAGAAUUGGUGGAAGUUAGGACUGGGGUGUGGGGAGCGGUGAACACAUGUUCAAAUGUGUUGAAUUUGGUUAAGUGUGUGGGACACCCAGGUGAGAUUAUCUAAUAGGCAGUUGCACAUAUAAAUCUGAAUCUCUGGGCUAGAAAUAAAGAUUGCAUUGUCCUCGGGUGUUAUAUGAAGUCAUAUGAGUGGUGGAGUUUGCUAAAAGAGAGGGGAUGGUGGACCUAUGUUGAAAAUAUAGGGAAUAUCAAUAUCUUAAUGAAAUGGAACUAAAAGAAAAUUGGAGGAGCCAGAAAAGUAGGUGAAAACCAAGAUUAAAUGAUAAUCAAGGAAUCCAAACAUGGAGAAAUUUAAAGAGGAAGGAGUGGUUGAUAGUGCUGGGUGAUUAAGAGAGUGCCCAUUGUAUUCAGCAGCUAAAUCACUGGUGACCUUGGCAGGGGGAGUUUCAGUGGAAUGCAAGAAAACAGAAGCCAUGCCAGUAAUAAGAAGGAAGGUAAUGCAGACAGUGUGCCAUUAUCUUUUUGGAAAGUUAGCUGUAAGAGGAAAAAGAAAGUUAUAAUGGUACCUAGAGAAAGACCCAGAAUAAUCACCAGAGUUUAGGGUGACUUGGGAUAUUACUUUUGAGGGGAAAGAGCACAUUCAGAGGGAGAGGUUGAUAAUGCAAGGAAGAGGAAGGAUAAUUGGUGGAAGAAGAUUUUUGAGAAAUUCAAAGUGUGUGAGAUCUACAGAAUAGAUACAAGGGCUAUCCUUAGACAAGAGGAGGGAAAACUCUUCAGUUGAGAAGGGGGGAAGAAAGUCAGAGUUUACCCAGAUACAGAUAAAUUUCAUAGAAAUGCUUGGGUUGAGAAGCAGGUAUAUGGAAUAGUUUCUGCAAAAUAGUUGUUUCAUUUGUGACGUUGGAGAUGGUAUUGGCUGAGAGUAACAGCAUAGGUGACAAAGGUUGGGGCUUGAAAACAAGGAUCAAUGUUUGAAAUUUCUCCUGUGAAAAAUGAGAGAAGGUGGCAAGAUUGUCAGUCAGCUUUAAGGCCCAGUAUAUUUGUCAGAUUAUGAACCCAGUGACAUCUACGUUGGGCUGAGUGCAUAAACUCAGAAGGCAGAAGUUUGGAUCAAUGCUUUCAUUAUAUAGAUUCAGUUAGCAGAUGAGGGAGCAAGGAAGAUGAGAGUAAUAAUAGCUGCUGCGGACUACAUCAGGGAAUGAUAACAGCCAGGAGGCCAGGAGGGCCUGAGAGAUUAAGAGGGAGUGGAACAGAACAGAAGCCUCAGUGUGGUCCAAGAAUAAACAAUGCAAUAAGAGGGUAAAAGGGGAUGGGCUUCUGCCCAGUAAGUAGGAAGUAGAGGCUUAGAGUUCAGAAAUGGAACAAUUCUGGAGGGUGAUAAGUUCCAGGAAGUAGCCAAUGUGCAGCCAUGGUGGGAAGAGUGCUGAAGAUGGUGGAAAGUUGGUCAAGGAAUGACAUGGUGAGGGCCGUCAUGGGGUUGUGAGACAUACGUAUAAUGUGAGAUUUGCUCUAAUUAGAGCAUAAGCUUGGGAGUACCUCCAGAAUCUGACUUCUGGAGAUAAAGAAAUACACAUCCAAAUAGCCAAAAUGCCCACCUAUUGGUAGGCAAGCCAGGACAAGAAUGAAUGUCCUUUGGUUCCCAGUUCACUACACACUCCAGUACACCAAAUAUUUUAAAACUUGGGUCUAUGUAUGCAUGAUUGGCAAGGUUACAGUGAGCCACCAAAUUUAUAUGGGUUUGUGUGCUGUGACCACGCAAGCAAGCAUUGUGCUGGAGAUCAGGAUUAGGUUCAUUUUUGUUAUCAGAGACUUAACAGGAUUAGUCAUUUCUAAAUAAUUAAACAUCUUGCCAUCAUGGCAUGAGAAUUGGAAUAAGAAGAUAGGAUUCAGGUUUUGUUACUUUUUCCCUCCCUGAGUGUACCCUCCACUCUACUGCCCAGGGUGGGUAUGAGGAUCAAAGUGGCAUCUAAAAGGGCUUUGUGAGGCACCUCAACACCUUAUCUCUCUCCUGUACUCUAUUCCACUCCUCCCUCUCUACUUUCAGUUCUUUAUGUCUGAAAUAUUCUUUCCUUGGACAAUACUCAACCCUCUGCAGACAAAAAAGGCAAAGGCUCUAGAGGUGUUGGAUGCACAGACAAGAGUUAAUUGUAAACACUGUGAUGAGUGCAAACCAAUAUUCUCUGGAUUAUGUAAGGAGGAAUGCUUGUGAUCAAGUCAUCUUGCAAAUGAAUUCAAAUUAUAAUCAUGAUACCUGUCCUUUUGGAUGGAUGGAGCUUUGUGGUUUGCUUAAAUCCCAUUAUCUGUGUCCAUCUAGAUGGCAAGGAAACUCAGUAUAUUGGAAGUCCUUCUGAUCAUCUUCUUCCUGACUGUACUGGCCUUAGACAUCUUCUUGAUGUUUUUUGUGUUGAAAACUGAAGAGACUGCAUUUGUUCCAGAGUGCCCAGAGAUCCCCGAAUCAGAGAGGAUAGACUGUGCUCCAGGCCAGGUGGUGACAGAGGAUGUCUGCAGCCAGCAACAUAAGUGCUGCUGGAAACCGGCACCCGAUACUAAUGUCCCUUGGUGCUUCUUCCCCAGGAACUGGGGCUAUGAAGUCGCCAGUGGCAAGAAUCAUACAAGGACAGGGUUUACAACCCAGUUGAGAAAGUUGCCGUUCCCAUCUCUGUUUGGAUACGAUGUCAAGAACGCCCUCUUCACAGCUGAAUAUCAGACAUCCAAUCGUUUUCAUUUUAAGAUCAAUGAUAGUGAAAACAAACGCUAUGAAGUCCCCCCUGAAAUUAUUAACCUGUCUAAUAGGACUACUAGAACCUCCAAUUUGAACUAUCACAUAGAGGUCACUGAUAAGCCCUUCAGCAUCAAGAUAAUGAGGACAAGCAACAGAAGAGUCUUACUGGACACGAGCAUCGGGCCCCUGCAGUUUGCCCAGCAGUACCUGCAGCUGUCCUUCCGACUUCCCAGCACUGCUGUGUACGGGCUGGGGGAGCACGUGCACCAGCAGUACCGCCACAACAUGAGCUGGAAGACCUGGCCCAUCUUCACGCGCGAUGCCGCCCCCACCAAGGACAUGAUUAAUCUGUAUGGAGCUCAUACAUUCUUCCUGUGCCUUGAAGACACCAGCGGCUCCUCUUUUGGUGUUUUUCUGUUGAACAGUAAUGCCAUGGAGGUCACCCUGCAGCCUGCUCCUGCCAUCACUUACCGCACGAUUGGGGGCAUCCUUGACUUUUAUGUAUUCCUGGGAAAUACUCCAGAACAAGUGAUUCAGGAAUACCUGGAGCUCAUUGGACGACCAUUGCUUCCUCCCUACUGGAGUCUUGGGUUCCAGCUUAGUCGCAGGAACUAUGGUGGCAUCAAUGGAUUGAAGGAGGUUGUGAACCGAAAUCUUGUAGCUGGGAUCCCUUAUGAUGUCCAGUACUCUGACAUAGACUACAUGGAUGGAAAUAAGGAUUUCACCAUUGAUCAACAAGCCUUCCCUGAUCUCUCAAAUUUUACCAACGACUUACAUAAGCAAGGACUGAAAUAUGUAAUCAUUAUGAAUCCUGGCAUCUUAAAUGACUCUGACUAUCAGCCCUAUAUGAAUGGAAGGAAAAAGAGAGUAUGGAUCUUGAGGGACAAUGGCUUUGCCGUUGGGCAGGGAUAUCCCGGAUGGACGGUCUUUCCUGAUUAUAGUAAUCCAACUUGCACUCAGUGGUGGACAGAGCAGUUCAGUGAAUUUCAUAAAACUCUCGAGUUUGAUGGAGUGUGGAUUGAAAUGGAUGAAGUAUCCAGCUUUCUCCAAGGUUCUGAUAGCGGGUGUGAAUGGAACACGUUCAACUUUCCUCCUUUCACUCCCCGAAUUCUGGACCGCUUGCUUUUUGCAAGAACCCUCUGCAUGGAUGUAGAAUUUCAGUGGGGCUUUCACUAUGAUGUCCAUAACUUGUAUGGCUACUCCAUGGCAAAAGCAACACACUUGGCCAUGGAGAAUAUCUUCCCCAAUAAAAGUAGCUUCAUCUUAUCCCGCUCUACUUUUGCUGGAUCUGGCAAAUAUGCUGCACAUUGGUUGGGGGAAAAUUCGGCCACAUGGGAUGACCUCCGAUGGUCCAUCCCUAGUAUCCUUGAGUUCAGCCUAUUUGGUAUCCCCAUGGUAGGUGCCAACAUCUGUGGUUACACAGAAAAUGUCACAGAGGAGCUCUGCACAAGAUGGAUGCAGCUUGGAGCAUUUUAUCCACUAUCAAGGAAUCACAAUGGGCCUGGAUUCAGGGACCAGGAUCCUGCCGCCUUUGGUAAACACUCUCUGUUGGUGAAUUCUUCCAGAUAUUAUCUGAACAUCCGAUACACCUUGCUGCCCUACCUCUACACCCUUUUCUACCGAGCUCACACACGGGGGGACACCGUAGCGAGACCCCUGGUCCAUGAGUUCUACCAGGACCCAGCUACUUGGGAUGUGCACGAGCAGUUCUUAUGGGGGCCUGGACUCCUCAUCACACCUGUUUUAUAUGAGAGUGUGGACCGCGUGAAAGCAUACAUACCGGACGCCAUCUGGUACGACUACGAGACAGGGGUAGCCAUCCAGUGGAGGAAACAAUCGGUGGAGAUGCUGCUGCCACUCGAUAGGAUAGGACUUCACCUCCGAGGGGGCUUCAUAUUUCCCACCCAACAACCCAACAUAACCACAGAGGCCAGUCGAAAGAAUUCCCUGGGACUCAUUGUUGCCUUGGACUACGAGAGAGAGGCAAAGGGCGAGCUGUACUGGGAUGAUGGUGUAUCUAAAGAUGCUGAAAAGAAGUAUAUUCUGUAUGAUUUUUCUGUCACCUCUAACCGUCUACAGGCAAAUAUUAUAAAUAAUAACUAUACGGACCCUAACAACCUCAUGUUUACAGACAUCAUAAUCUUGGGAAUGGACAAGCAACCUACCAAUUUUACCGUCUUACUUAGUAAUUCUGCCACCUCCAUUUCAAAUGUUGCCUACGAUGUUUCAUCAAAGGUGGUGAAGAUCAGUGAUCUCAAGGGACUGGUACUCGGUCAAGAAUUCUCCAUUGAAUGGAAACUUCCAGUCAGUGACCUGGAGAAAUUCAAAUGCUACCCUGAGGAUGCUGCUGUCUCUGAGGAGAGUUGUAGGCUGCAGGGGUGCCUUUGGGAGUACACAGCUGUUCCUGGCGUGCCCACCUGUUACUAUGACACCAUCCCUAGGUAUGCCGCCAGUAACAUUCAGUACCUGCCUACGGGCAUCACCACAGACCUUGCCCACCUGGGGGCCCCGGAAUCAGCCCGAGCAGCCCCUGCCUCUGGCUCUCUCUCUGCAACAAUCAGCUUCCUCCAGCUGAGCGUGAUCUACCACACAGAAAACAUGCUGCAGUUCAAGAUCUUUGAUUCCACGAACAAAAGGUACGAGGUCCCAGUGCCUCUGAACACCCCUCCCUCUCCAGUUGGCUCCCCUGAAGACCGUCUGUAUGACGUCAGGAUUCAGAACAAUCCUUUUGGGAUCCAGAUUCGGCGAAAAAGCUCCGGCACUGUGAUCUGGGAUUCUCAGCUGCCUGGCUUCACCUUCAACGACAUGUUCCUCUCCAUUUCUACUCGCCUCCCCUCUCAGUACAUCUAUGGCUUUGGGGAGACAGAGCACACAGCUUUCAGAAGAAAUAUGAACUGGACCACGUGGGGAAUGUUUGCUCGUGAUGAGCCCCCAGCGUAUAAGAAGAAUUCCUAUGGCGUCCACCCCUACUACAUGGCACUGGAGGAGGAUGGCAGUGCCCAUGGGGUGCUCCUGCUAAACAGCAAUGCCAUGGAUGUGUCAUUCCAGCCCACUCCUGCCCUAACAUACCGCACCACAGGAGGGAUUUUGGACUUUUAUAUGGUUUUGGGGCCAACCCCUGAGCUUGUAACUCAACAAUACACUGAGUUGAUUGGUCGGCCAGCAAUGACUCCAUACUGGGCCUUGGGAUUCCAGCUAAGUCGCUACGGAUACCAGAAUGAUACUGAGAUCUCUCAAUUGUAUGAGGCAAUGAUGGCGGCCCAGAUUCCCUAUGAUGUCCAGCAUGUAGACAUCGAUUACAUGGACCGGAAGCUGGACUUCACUCUCAGCCCCAGCUUCCAAAACCUCGGCCUCCUGAUUGAGCAAAUGAAGAAUGGUGGCAUGAGAUUCAUUCUCAUUCUGGACCCAGCCAUUUCUGGCAAUGAGACCCAGUAUCGCCCAUUCACCAGAGGGCAGGAUAACAAUGUAUUCAUCAAAUGGCCCAACAGCAAUGACAUUGUCUGGGGAAAGGUUUGGCCAGAACUGCCCAAUGUGAAUGUGGAUACAUCCCUUGACCAUGAAACUCAGGUUAAGUUGUACAGAGCCAACGUUGCUUUUCCUGACUUCUUACGUAAUAGCACAGCCGCGUGGUGGAAGAUGGAAAUAAAAGAGCUGUAUGCGAAUUCUGAAGAGUCAGAGAAGAGCUUAAAGUUUGAUGGAUUGUGGAUUGAUAUGAAUGAGCCAUCAAACUUUGUGGAUGGAUCUGUCAGGGGCUGCAGCGAUGAAAUUCUUAAUAAUCCACCCUAUAUGCCAUAUUUGGAGUCCAGGGACAAGGGCCUGAGCAGCAAGACCCUGUGCAUGGAGAGUGAGCAGGUCCUGCCAGAUGGCUCGCGCGUGCGGCACUACGACGUUCACAGCCUGUACGGAUGGGCCCAGACCAGACCCACCUACGAAGCUGUGCAGGAGGUGACGGGACAGCGAGGGGUCAUCAUCACCCGCUCCACAUUCCCCUCUUCUGGCCGCUGGGGAGGCCAUUGGCUGGGCGACAACACGGCCACGUGGGACCAGCUGAGGAAAUCGAUCAUUGGCAUGAUGGAGUUCAGUCUCUUUGGAAUACCGUAUACAGGAGCAGAUAUCUGUGGCUUCUUUGGAAAUGCUGAAUAUGAGAUGUGUGUUCGCUGGAUGCAGCUGGGGGCCUUUUACCCCUUUUCCAGAAACCACAACACCAUCGGGACCAGGAGACAAGAUCCUGUGGCCUGGAAUUCCACCUUCGAGAUGUUCUCCAGAAAAGUCCUUCAGACCAGAUACACCCUGCUGCCCUACCUCUACACUUUGAUGCAUAAAGCUCACACUGAGGGCAGCACUGUCGUCCGACCCCUUCUCCAUGAGUUUACGAAUGACAGCAGAACAUGGGAUAUAGACCGUCAGUUCAUGUUGGGUCCUGCCCUCUUAAUCAGCCCCGUGCUGGAAAGUAACACUUUUGAGACCCCUGCUUAUUUUCCCCCAGGCCGUUGGUAUGACUACAGCACGGAAUCUGGCAAUGUGUCGACAGGUGAGUGGAAAAUCCUGGACACUCCCCUUGACCACAUCAACCUUCAUAUCAGAGGAGGCUACAUCCUGCCCUGGCAAGAGCCUGCGAUGAACACUCAUGCCAGUCGACAAAAAUUUAUGGGAUUGAUUGUUGCAUUGGACGACAAUGGGAAAGCUGAAGGCCAGGUAUUCUGGGAUGAUGGACAAAGCAUUGAUACCUAUGAAAAUGGAAACUAUUUCUUGGCAAACUUUAUAGCAACUCAGAAUCUACUGCAAAUCCAGGUCAAACACAAUAAGUAUUUGAGUGACUUGAAUCCACUGAAAGUUGGAUAUAUUAAAAUCUGGGGAAUAAGCUCUACUUUUGUGACACAAGUCACUUUCACCUAUGACAACCAGCAAAUCAUGGAGAUGAAUUUCAAGAGUGAUCCUUAUAAUCAGACGCUGACUAUUCAACUGACUGACAAGAUUAUUAGCCUAGAAAAGCUAACUGAGGUUACUUGGAUAUACGGUGGCCCUAUAGUUUCUACUACACCUAUGACAAGUACCUUCCCAACAAGUUCUCUACAUCCUUCUACAGUUCCUACUAAGGCUACCACUUUUGAGACUGUUAUCACUAUUUCUGCUUACACUAGUACCACUCUUCCUAUUCCAACCACUGCUUUCUCAACAAGCGCUACUGAAGUUACAACUAGUACUACAGGCCGUAAUACCACUACACCUUUCCCAACAAGUACUAUUGACAUUACAACUAGUACUGCUGUUCCUAAUACCACUACACCUACCCCCACAAGUACUAUUGUUAGUAGUACUACUCUUCCUAUCAUAACCACUCCUUUCCCAACAAGUAAUACUGAUGCUAGCACCAAUACUACUGUUCGAAUUGCCGCUACUCUUUCUCCAACAAGCACUGAUAGUACUAGCACCAAUAAUGCUGUUCCAAUUACAACUACUCCUUCUACAAAUAGUAGUACUGAUAGUACUAGCAAUAGUUUUCCUAUUAUGACUACUUUUUCUGUAAGUACUCAUGCUAUGAACACUACUGUUGCUAUGGUAACCACUUCUAUAAGUGCUGAUGUUGUUAGCACUGGCAACCAUACUCCUAUUACCGGUUCUCCUUUCCCUACAAUAUCUGGUGGUAAUAGUACUAGUAAUACUAUUCCUACAACGUCUACUCCUUCUACAGAUAUUUACACUACUAGCACGAAUACCACAGCUGUCCCCAUCACCAAUACCGGAAAUAGUACAGGGAAUGCAGUAAAUAUUACCAAUGCAGAUAACUCUAGCACUCUUCCAGGUAACACCACACAUGUUUCUAUUCCAAAUACCACAAUAGCAUUAGUUACUACUUUAAUGACCUCUCUUCUAGACACAGCAACUCACUAUCAGGUAACAACAAACUCUACAGUCAGUCAUUUACCUCUUAUUGCAACUAAUGCUACCACCGAUAUUAUAGAUACUACCACAUAUGCUCUAAAUACUACCAUUCUUGAGAGAACAACAAUGAAUGCUUCUGCUACCAUAUCAACUUAUAUUGCAAAUGUCAAAAAUGCUACUCUAGUUCCAUGAUUACUACUCAAAGCAGGACAAUUACUACAGACAUCUCUUUAAAACAACUAUUAAAGAUAUAAAAAAAUCAAUUAAAGAUACAUAAUCUUAAGCUACAUAAGUUUUCAUAGAUAUUAACACUAGUUUAUAUAGAUAUGGCUACUCGAAACACUGUAGACAUGGCAGGUAUGUUUAAAGAUGCAUCCAUGACUACUUUUAUAAGUGUAAUUAAAGAAGCUGUGGAUACUUCUUCAGCAUCCAGAAUAUAUACUGCUAUUUUAAAAAUCAUAACCCCUACAGCCCUAUCGAUUAAACUCUAGAUAUUUUACAUAUCCUUGCUAGAGACUUCACAGAUGAUUUUGGUAUCUCAGAUAAUAUAUUAGGCUCUGUAAAUACUAUUGCUUUAGAUGUAGUUAUUGAAGUAACCUGACUUGUUCUUGGGUUACAGGACAUGAAACCAUAACUGAGAACACUGGUGCUAUGUGGCACUCACAUGGCCACUAUAGCAACAGUUGUUAAUAUCAUAGUAAUUAUUUAAUUAGUAAUGUUAACAAUCAUGCCUUAUUUUCCUAUGGACUUUUCCACAUACCAUGGCUACCAAUAUAGCAAUUCACUAUUACACAUCCUGAAAGUAUUAUCACUUCUAAAGCAAUCCUAGCUGUAACCAUAGAUACGGAAAGUGCUACCAUUGUAGAUCUUGUACAUACUUGGACUCCAGGAACUAAAAUCAUUAAAUUAAAGAUAUUAGAUGUUACUUUUACUAUCAUAGGAAAUAAAAAUGUGAUUAUAGAUGUUAAAAACAUAACUUCCUAAACUUUGCAACCACUACUACUAAUACUCUUACUGUAAAUUUGAUAAGUACUUUUAUUUACAGACAUUAAAUGCACUUCCAGGAAAUUACAGUUAAUUUUACUUAGGAGAUAAUCUUAGGCCCUUGCUGUUACCCUGAAUGACUGGAUUCACUUACAAAGCUCCAACUCUUCUGUGGACCAGAAAUCACCCAGAUGGAGAGGAAUAUUUAAAGAUAUGGCUUAGGGGAGAUAGUCUCUGCCCCAGGAUCAGGGUUCUUGUUUACUUUUAAAUGAUUGUAAUCUUGUUUACUUUUUCUCUUAUCUACCAGCUUUUCCAUUAUUACUUCACUGUGAACUUCCCUUCUGUGUUAGGACUUUCAGCAUGUUCUUGGUCUUUCAUAUCCAAAUUUACUAUUUAUCCUUGGUCUGUUACUUUCUUAGAUCAGCCAGACCCCAUAAAUAGACUCAUGGUCAUAAUGAAAUAUAGCCACUUGAACGCUAUUGAAGGCUUAAUCCUAGGACAGUAUUCUCAAAAUGUAGUUUGGAGACCCAUGGGAGGCCACAGAACUCUUUCUGGGGUUCACAAGGUCAAAUCUGUUUUCAUAAUGCUAUGCUUUUUUUUCCUUUUUUACUCUCGUUCUCUAUUAGUAGACAGUGGCAUUUUCCAGAGACAGUAUGCUGUGUAGUGUCACAAUAGAUGAAUAUAGAAACAGAUACAAGGAUCGAGCUGUUUCUAUUAAGAUAGGCAUUAAACAGAUUUACAAAAUAUAAAAUAUCAUUCUUUUCACUAUUGUAUGCUUUGAGAAUACAUUUGCUUUUUAUAAAAAUGUAUUAUUUAUGUGAACAUGCAGUUGAUACGUUGUUAUUU